AUGCAGAACAUGCUGCGUAGGUGCCGUGUGCCAUGCGCACAGGCCCAGCAGGCGCAGAACAUGGUCGGUGUAAGAUGCGGCCAAUUGGUGGCGCACUCACGCAGCACCAGCUUUGCGGCGCACCAGCGGCGGCACUCGCAGCAGCGCGAGCAGCAGCACGAGCAGCAGCGGCACUGGGCGGCCACCAUCGCGCCCUCGCGGCGGCGAACCACAGUCCGCGCGGCGGCUGUGGACCAGGCGGCGCCCCCAGCCCUCGGGGACCAAGUCUUGUCCCAGCUGCGCCGCAUCAUCGACCCUGAUUUUGGGGAGGACAUCGUGGCCUGCGGCUUUGUGAAGGACAUGGCGAUCGACGCAGAUUCUGGGGCAGUGGCGUUCAAGCUCGAGCUCACCACGCCGGCCUGCCCUGUCAAGGACCAGUUCAAGCGGGAGGCGACGCAGUACGUUCAGGAGCUGCCUUGGGUGACGUCGGUCGAUGUCACCAUCACCAGCCAGCCCAACAAGCCGCUGCUCGCCGCCGACACCGGCCGCCCCGGCGGCCUGCGGGACGUGCGCCACAUCAUCGCCGUCUCCAGCUGCAAGGGCGGCGUGGGCAAGAGCACCACUAGCGUGGGCAUAUUUGACGCCGAUGUGUACGGCCCCAGCCUGCCGACGAUGGUGUCUCCCGAGCUCCGAAUCCUGCGGAUGGACCCCGAGACGCGCGCCAUCACGCCCACUGACUACGAGGGCGUCAAGCUGGUCAGCUUCGGGUUCGCGGGGCAGGGCAGCGCCAUCAUGCGCGGCGCCAUGGUGUCGGGGCUCAUCACACAGAUGCUGACCACUAGCGAGUGGGGUGACCUGGACUACCUGAUCUUGGACUUCCCGCCGGGAACAGGGGACAUCCAGCUCACCCUCUGCCAGACGGUGGCCAUCACGGCAGCGGUCAUCGUCACCACCCCCCAAAAAUUGGCCUUUGUCGACGUGGCCAAGG